UACUUCUUCAACCAUCAAACCGAAAUAUUGAACCAUCGGGAAACAUUGACAUUAAAAGUCUCGAUCAGUCUCAGAAUAUUUCUCGUAUCUGAUCCAAACAUGGCCGCCAAUUUCUGGACAUCAUCACACUACAAACAGUUGUUGGACCAGGAAGACGUGGAUGUGGUGCACCCACUUGACAAAGAAAAGGGCAUCACUCUUGAGGAUUUCAAGCUCAUUAAGUUGCACAUGGCCAACUAUAUAUGGAAAUUGGCUCAAAAUGUUAAAGUGAGGCAAAGGGUUGUAGCUACUGCAGUGACAUAUAUGAGACGUGUUUACACCAGAAAGAGUAUGACAGAAUAUGAUCCGCGUCUUGUGGCUCCAACCUGCUUGUACCUGGCAUCAAAAGCAGAAGAAAGCACAGUGCAGGCCAGGCUUCUUGUAUUUUACCUUAAAAAAUUAUAUGCUGAUGAAAAGUAUAGGUAUGAUAGAUAUGAAAUCAAAGACAUCCUUGAAAUGGAAAUGAAGAUUUUAGAAGCACUCAACUAUUAUUUAGUUGUAUUCCAUCCUUAUCGAGCAUUGUCUCAGUUGCUUCAGGAUGCAAACCUGAAUGAUAUAAGUAUGACUCAAUUAACUUGGGGACUAUUGAAUGACACCUACAAGAUGGACCUUAUUCUUGUACAUGCUCCACAUCUGAUAGCUUUAGCUUGCAUUUACAUUGCUAGUGUACUAAGGGAGAAGGAUACCACUGCAUGGUUUGAAGAACUUCGUGUUGAUAUGAAUGUGGUGAAAAAUAUCUCUAUGGAGAUACUAGACUUCUAUGAAAACCACAGAAUGAUCACAGAUGAUAGAAUCAUUGCUGCUUUCAGCAAGCUAAAUUUGAAGCAGUAAAUGGUAUGGUAGCUCUUCUUCCUGCAGGAAAAUGGAUUUAGCUUUAUUAUGACCAACAUAGAGUCAUUGAUAUAUCUCAAAAGAAGUCAAUGCUAUUGGUCUUUAUGGUACUACAAAGCCAUCAUCGUGAUCUGUGCAAAGCAAAGAUGGUUAGCUUGCUGCACUUGUCAUUAAAGGGGAGAAAGCUGUAGAGGAGGCAAGAUCUGUAAAAUCACCAUGUUUUAUAAAAAUGCUUAAUGUAGCGUAGUUCACAUAAGAAAGCUAGUUGAUCAAUCAGUCUAGCUGCUUGUAGCAUUUUUAUGUAUGCAAACAUGUACCUGAUUUUCUGUCAAUUGGAUUUAUGUAAUGUAAACGUUAGAAGCAGUUAACUUGAUUUGUAUGUC